UCUUCUUUGUACAUCCUCCUCCAAAUGUCUUGUUUUUCACUUUUCAGCACAGGAGUUUGAUCAGAACCCUGGCAUGAGGGUCAGCACUGAUGAGAAUUGGUUAAGAGAGUUUGUUUUCUGAAUCGCCGCUUUUAAUUUGGAAUGGGUUAAGUUUGUUAUCAAUGCGGACUAAAGUUCAAAAUCGAUUUGAGGAGCGUCUGGAAAGCUUAAAGAGGGAUUCCGAUGCGGAACAGAACGCUGCGAUUAAGCUUGCCCAGGAAAGAGAUGAAAUAGUAUCCAAGUACGAUAAGGGAAGAGAUGGAGCAACUGUGGAACCCUGGGAGGAUGCCAACUACCAUCUAUACAAAGUCACAGACAGAUUUGGAUUUUUACAUGCGAAUGAGCUUCCGGCAUAUGACUCAGUGGAAGAGAAGCAAAAACUUCAAGAAGUUGAGAGAACUACAAAAUGGUUGAAAAUGAUGAAGAGCUGGGAUAAAUACAAGAACAGUGAAAAGCUUUUGAGAAGAAUAUAUAAGGGAAUCCCAAUUCAGCUUCGAGGGGAGAUUUGGGGUUUGCUUCUUGACAUACCAAAAAUUAAAGCUGAGAAGAAGGAUUUUUACGAGAAACUAAAGCAGAGGGCAAGAGUGCUUUCGCCAGAUAUCAGGCAGAUUGAUCUAGAUGUGAACCGCACGUACAGGGACCAUAUCAUGUUCAGAGAUAGAUAUGAUGUAAAACAACAAGCGUUAUUCCAUGUUUUAACUACAUAUUCCAUGUAUAACACAGAAGUGGGGUAUUGCCAGGGAAUGAGCCAAAUCGCAGCUUUGUUGCUCAUCUAUAUGAAUGAAGAGGAUGCCUUCUGGGCCCUUGUGAAACUUCUAUCUGGUCAAAAACAUGCAAUGCACGGGUUUUUUGUUCCUGGAUUUCCAAAGCUCUUGAGGUUUCAGGAACACCACGAAAGGAUUUUGAAGAAGAUGAUGCCUAAACUUAAGCAACACUUGGACAACCAAGAAGUUUUCACCAGCCUUUACUCCAUGAAGUGGUUCUUUCAGUGUUUCCUUGAUAGAACUCCCUUUACUUUAACUCUAAGGAUAUGGGAUAUCUACUUACUGGAAGGAGAGAAAAUCCUUACAGCCAUGUCUUACACUAUCCUUAAACUCCACAAAAAGCACCUAAUGAAGCUGUCAAUGGAAGAGCUAGUGGAGUUCCUUCAGGAAACACUGUCCAAAGAUUUUUUCUUUGAUGAUGACUUUGUGAUAGAUCAGCUUCAGAACUCUAUGUCAGAGUUAAAACGGUCAAAGUUAGAACUGCCACCACCAGGUAAAGAGGAUGAAAUUCCUAAGAAGCCACUGGGGCAGAUGCCACCAGAGCCACAGCCUGUCAUCUCAAAUCAUAUUGUCAAUGGGCAGAGCAACAGUGCUAAGUCAGAAUUGCACUCUCACUUGAGGAAAAAGUCCUCUCCAGAGAAGGACAAGGAGAAACCUUCCAAUGUCAGGGGGAGAAAGGACUCAGUUGAAAAAUCCACAGCUAAGCAACAAAAACCUGAUAAACAUGAAGGCCGGGCUCGAGGUUCAUCAGAAGCAGAACUUCAUAAACAGCAUGGUGUACCAGCACCUCAGACUUCAGGUCAGGACAGCUCUAGACAGUUUAACAAUGUAGCGGCUAACCAUAACUCAAAUGCUACUUCAAGCACAAGGAAAGACUUUGCACCCAGAUGGAAUAAACCUUCUGAAAUUAAACUUGUGGAGGCAGCUGCAAAGGCUGCUGCUGAUGGUAGGAGUAGGGCUGUGAACUACAGCAUUCCAAGUUCAUCCAGUCCAGAUGAAGCACAGAUUUUUUUUGUGAGGCCAAAGACUAGAGGUUUGAUUGUUGAUGAAACCAAAAGGGGAUCGAAUGCAUCACAGUAUGAUAAUGUGUUUGGAGCUGAACACGACUUUGAAAACCGUGUAGAUGGACUGCUGGAAAGGUCCACUACACGCAGUCCAAGAAAUGAGUCCGCUUUUGUCAAUCCGUCACUGAAAUCUGGUAGUCCAACAAAAAUGUUGAACAGCGUCAGUGUCGGUGGUCAACAGAGAUCUCACAUGCACACAGUACAGUCUGAUAGUCCAGACCAAAGAUUCCAUGGGAAACCCCCUCCAUCUUAUUCUGUUCCUCCUGGUUAUCAUGGAAACUCUCCAACUCGAGCACAGUACAACUACAGCAUUGAUGUCAGGCCUGACGACAGAAAAUAUGGUACCAUGCUGCCCACUCCUGCAGACCUAUCUCCUGAAAAGACAUAUAUGAACUCCUACCCUGUUAAUAGCCAUCAGUUUUCCAGCUCUUCCAAGGCCAAUCGUAUUAUGGUCACCCCUGCUGACAGAAAUGCACAGUAUGAUUCUGUAAAUUCCAGCAACUAUUUAAGACAGCCUACGAAGUUGGUUGGUGUGUCAGUGUACCCACAAGUGGACUAUAUGCAAGAAAAAAGGAAGCAACUGAACCAGGUUUCUGCAUACAGACAGGAGCACCAUGGGCAGCAAUGGAGUCAGGAGGUUGAUGCUCGGUACAUGGGAAGUGUGCCAAGGUCACCAAGCUUUCAGAGGGCACAGAUGGACCCAGUUCAAGAGUUUAACUAUUCUGCCGCAUCUAUAGAUGCUUCACUUCGAUACAGGACUCCAUAUCCAGAACCACCGGCUCAGAGUAGACCGCUGCACCAAACCUCUUUGAAUACACAACACUACAGAUAUCCUACAGAUGGGCAUUCAGCGCAAGAGUCAGCGCUGCUGUGAAGAAUCAUUAAGUUCUAGUAUCGCUAUAAAGCAAAGGCAAACAGUAAUCAUAGAGAUUUUAUUAUGUUUACAAGCAACAUACUGAUCUGAUAAUUACGUGACAGAAACUCUAAGUGUGAGUAAGAUAUUUUAAGUAACUACAGAGGUAAUGUUUCAUAGUAAAUUCAUAGUUGGGAACAAGUUUAUCUAAAAUGUGGUUAGAAUUGUAUCAAUGCUUAAGCUCUUUUCUAGAUUCUGGAGAACUAUGCUUUCCUAGUAACGGUAGCAAAAAUUACCUGGAGGCCAGCUGCUGAAGUGUUAGGUGACACUCAUGUUUGUUUUUUAAAUUAGCAUUCAGUGUUCUUUUCAUAAAAUAUUUUGUCUUGUGUUCUUGGGUGUAAAUGUCAAACAAAAGGAGGCUGUCUAGAUUGAAACUUCUUUAUUCAAAUAUGAAUCUUUGUGAGAUAACUUGGUGCAAAGUAAAAAAAAAAAAAAUCCAAAAAUCUAAGCGUGAUUUGUAUAUAUAUUGUGUGUGUUUUUGGUAAGAGGGUAUCCUGCUGAGCCAUGAACCAUAUGUGUGGACCAUAUUCAUUACCAAAUAGGUAGACAUGUAAUUCACAUAAGCAUUAAGUUAUCUCAUCCAACUAAUUAUGUUGUCUCAUAGAACUAAUAUUUUGAUAAACAUUACAUUUAACGCAGUUACAUUUAAUAAACAGUGGGCUAGAUUCUCAAAAGCUAUUUACUCCAAAUUUGUCACUGGUGCAAUUUUUUUCUGAAAAGAAAAAAAACACUUCCAAUUCUACAGUGAAAAAGAAACGUAACUACUGACAAGUUCCUGUGUUAAAAGUCUUAGUUGUUUAUUGCUGGUUAACUUUAUUGGUUGUGUUUCUCCUUUCUGAAAUAAAACAUGUGCUGCUGAUGAUUUAUAGUAAAACAUAGUUUUGAGAAUUUGGCUCAUUGUGUCUUUUACUUUGCAAUGUUCUUUGUUUAAAAAAAAAAAAAAAAAAAAA